ACUAAUCAACCCGUGUUGAAUGGUCCGAAUUUGGAAGCGUUCGAACUCCUGAUUCACGAUUGUCGAGAUGAGCUCGCUAUAUCGUUCUGCAAUCAGUGCCCGAAUAGCGAAGUUACCGCAGCUACCACAAAACGAUGAGGAUGAUGAUGAACAAUCUGAGAUUACUGAUGGAAUCGGCGAACUCUCGACUGGCAUGGGGCCACCUCCACUACCACGGCCAAGCACGUCUACCCGAAAGCCAAAGUCACCAAAUCCUGAAUUCAAGCCAUUAAGUCCUGCUUCAUACUUUUCUCAGGCAUUGCAGAUAUCGCUCCCUACCCGAGCCCUCGACGUUCGGGUAUAUUACACUCCUCCGAAGUACGACGGCGGGGGUGUUAUUGUAUUCCACCACGGUGCAGGAUAUGCAGGUACAAGCUUUGCAUGUCUCGCUAAAGAGAUAAGUGAGGUCAUGAGAGACAACGUUGGUGUCCUGGCCUUUGAUGCCAGGAGACAUGGAAAGACAACAUCAUCUCAAUCUGAUGAAGACUUAUCUAUCAAUGUCCUUGUUGAGGAUUUCUGUGCUCUGCUACAGACGAUUUACCCUGAUGUGGCAGCAGCUCCAAAUUUAAUGCUUGUUGGACACAGCAUGGGAGGAUCUGUCUGCGUUCGCGCUUGUCCCAUACUUCAACAACGCAAAUUUAAGAUUGCAGGAGUGGCCGUUUUGGAUGUAGUAGAAGGCACAGCAGUAGAGGCGCUGCCUCACAUGCACGCGAUUCUCAACUCUCGACCCGAGGGUUUCGAUAGCGUCGAGGAAGCAAUCGAGUGGCACGUCAAUACGGGCCUUAUCCACAACCCCGUGUCUGCCCGUGUUUCGAUCCCAUCUAUCAUUGUCCCUGCAGAUUCUCCUCUUACGCCCAGCACGCGCGCAAAUAUUGGAUUCAAAUACAAGUGGCGUACACCACUCCGGUCGACGGCGCCAUACUGGGAUAGCUGGUUCCCGUCGCUUUCGUCUUUAUUCCUCGGGCUCCGCUCCGCACGGCUCUUAGUAUUAGCAGGUGCAGAGCGCCUUGAUACGACACUUAUGGUUGGUCAAAUGCAGGGCAAAUUCUGGCUCGAAGUCAUGGCUGGUUCGGGUGUGGGGCAUCUCGUGCACGAGGACAAUCCGACGAAACUGGCGGAGAUUCUGGCAGAUUUCUGGAGGCGCAAUGAACGCAUUGUGGUUCGAGGUAACGUUAUCAAGACAGUCGGGGAGGUUUAGAGGAGUUAGAUAUGUCGAUGUAUGUUUGAUUGUGCGCUUUUUCUCAUAGUUUGCUCCAAGGUCGUCCAAGACACGAGUAGUAUGAAGUGUGAUCAAUUGGUCACUGGUCCUGGGGGUUGUUACAUAGUAGCUCAAAUUUUAAACCCACCCGACUCCUGACGACAACUUGAUCCACGACGUCGUUAUGUUGGUUGGGAAAACCUACUGGACCGGUCUGUGUCAUUUUUGUCCAGGUUUCUAAAGAGCAGUGUCGGUAGACUUCUCUAUGUGGGACACAUUACCAUCUAAUCUAAGGGGGCCCAUACCCCUGCUGCACCUCAGAGUCUGCCCU